AGUAAAAUUUGACACCUAUUUUCAUUAGAUGUCAUUGUGACAGAGAUUGUGAUUUGUUUUGUUUAGUUCUACCCAGCUUUUGCAAGCAUUUAAACAAUAUGAUACAAUAUUAUUAUUUUACUUACUCUAUAGCUCUAUGGUGAGCACAGCAAGAGUUUGGUAAUCUGUGGGCACAGCCUUCAAGUUUGCUUACAUCAGUUUCAUCAUCAGUAUAAGCCUUGUUCUAUGAUCAGUUUACAUGGAACAGAGCUCAGUCAGAACAUCUAUGAUCAGAACCUCUGUGAUCUGAGCCCAAUAGUUUGUAGUCUGUGAUCAAUCCUUCUAUCUCUUGUCUAUAAAUCAGAUUUCUAGUCUGCUUAACUUAUAGUUAGACAAGACAAUUUAUAGGAGUGAUCUUUAAAGCAAAAUUGCAACUCGAACAAAAUGAAUGAAGAAAUCGACGACAGUGAGUUUUACCAUGAGGACUUUACUACAGCAUCAGACUGGGAGAUUCUGGUAGCCCAUAUGGAAGAAAUAGUGAAUCAGUGGAACUCUGAAGACCGGAAGCAAAGCCCUAGUUCCAGUCAAUGGGUAGUCAAGUCGGAGAAGCUUGUGUACAUGGAGACGAACUUUGAUUUUACUUACUAUCAUAAGAAUUUAGAAGAUAAUCUAUUAGAAGGUCCUGAAGACAAGGUAAAACAUGUACUGGACACAUGGUUUGACUUUUCUCUGAUGUCUGAGGACCAUAAGCACUUAUGUUUGGCCCAGUGGUAUGGAGUCAAUAAAUUCAUAGUAAUCAGUUCUACGGGAGAUGUUGAACAAACCAACAAUGAAAGCAGGAUGAAAACUCUGUUAAGUGCUGUGACUGUCUUGGCCAGCAACGUCCUUGAUCUUCCAAUUUUUGUCCAGGUGAGAGAUAAGUGGCAGAAAAUGUAUUGCGGCGUAUAUGAAUGCAAUGGCAUUAGAACGAACUUUGAUACUGUGCAUUUAAUAAGAGGCCCGUAUCAUUGUCAGUACUUGACAGGCCUCUUAGAUGUUUUCAAAACAAAAAUUAGAUCACCAUGUACGAUUGAGAAAAUCUUCGUGUCUUACAAAGCCACAUAUCAGUUGCAAGACUUUGGAAACUUUGUUUGGAGGCAAGAGUGUGCAUCAGAUAUUAUUGACAUGGAAUCAUUUUUUACUCUCCCAUUUGGAGUGUCGAUAGACCCGGUCAGUUCGCUAUACCUUAAUACCUUGUGGAGUUAUUUGCCUGAGCAUUCAAUAAUUGAUUCAGAAAACCACUCAGACUUCAAGCCAUUAAAAGCUCAACAAUGGCAAUGUUCGAUUUCAUUUACAAAGAACCCCAUCUGUCUUUUGGGCGAUUAUCUUGGAGAGGUUUUGGAAAUCAUUAAUAAUGACAACACAGUGUAUAAUCUGUUGGGAAGUUUUGCUGUUUUACAUGAUGGGCCAAAAACUAAUCCUUUGGACCUUUUGACUGAACCUUUAGUUCCAAGUAUUUCAAUGUUGCUAAGUCAAGCUACCAGAAAUAACAAGGGAAGCCCUCCACUUGAAAAAGAUGUGCUAGUUCCAUUGUUGUUCUUUCUAUUUCCGGACGCCGAAAAGGAUUCCUCUUUUCCUUAUGGAGCCACAGACGAGAGAGAACCUUUGCAGAAAAAGUUUAAGAUAUUUGAAAAUAUGGACCAGGAAUUGAAAGGAUUCAAAACCUGCGCCGAAGACUCGCUGGUAUGGAGGUUGGCCAUUGUUCUCGCUAAUGUUCUUCAAAGCUUAGGCGGGCUUAAAGCUUUCUGUCACUUAUGGUAUGAGUUUGUCCAGCAGAUGCGAUAUCGCUGGGACAAAUCCAUUGUGAUUCCUGGAGUGCCACCUGGUUUGCCAGACUUGCGUACCGGUCUUCUCAACCAGAAACUUCAAAUGCUGAAUUGUUGCAUUGAAAGGAAAAUUGCUAGAGCGAAUCUAAGCUAUGUUUCGGCCGAAAAUUCUGAAGAUUCAGACGAUGAAUUCUUCGAUGCUACAGAUCAGGAAGAAUUUGAGGAGAGACGAAAGGGGAAGUACUGCCCCUGGGAUCGCCCUGUCGGUAGAUUAAGCCCUUUUGCAAACCUUAAGUUGAUCAAAACCGGCGAUCUUCUGUACAUACCUUUCACUCAAGAUCCGGUUUUGAAAACCGAGGACCAGUUGGAGGAAGAUACUGAUAUCCUGUUAAAGCUGGGAACAAAUAACGAGGCUUCGCAACUUCGAGCUAGGAUAAUGAGCGCAAGUCUCUUAUCAGACAUGCAGUCUUUCAAAGCUGCCAAUCCAGGAGCAGUGUUGGAAGAUUUUAUUCGAUGGUACUCGCCCAGAGACUGGAUUCAGGCAGAGGAGCUCGACGAAUACGGACAGAAACAAGGCGCGUUAAGUCAAAGGAUGCAAUUAGAGGGGAAUAUUUGGAUGGAAAUGUGGCAAAACUCAAAGCCAGUCCCUGCUCACCGUCAGAAACGAUUGUUUGAUGAUACGAAGGAAGCAGAAAAGGUCUUACAGUUUCUGGAAUUGAGAACUGUCGGCCAAAUAGCAGAGCUAAUCCUACCAGUUUUAAGUCACGCAACCAUCAGUCGCCUAAUAGUGGAAGCAGAGAGUUUAACUGAAGAAUUUGCCAAAGAUUUGCUACCACGUACAUCUAGUCUGGCAAGACAAUGUGAAAAGAUAUCUAGAGACAUCCAGUUCCAACCAAAUAAAUUCGAAGCUUUUAUUCAAGAAACAAUCGAUUUGGAGAUGUCCAUCUCUCAAUUUAAUUCGCUUCAAUACAAACUCAAUCCUCAUCGACUUGAUGAUUAUUUAGUCAAUAAAUGCAUCGGAGAUUUAGCGGUUGGACGACCUAUUCGUAUAGAGAGCAUGGGACAGUCUAUAAUUGGAUCCAGAAUCGCAUUAAUGCUCAGUGACGCACAAAGGCUAAAUUGUUUCUCUGAUGUUGAUCCAAAUUUUCGAAGAAAUGGAGAUUUAACGUUUCCAGACCCUGUCUCAAGGGAAUUCGUCCUGAGAGCAUCCUGUAUUAGGUCGAGUUUGUAUUCGGCUAAGUGUCCGCAAUUGUUACGAGCUAUGAUAAGCAAUGGAGAGUUUCGAUUGAUGGGAGCGUUUUCAGAGGAUAUCACAUUUAUCUAAUUUAGCAUAAGCAUGAUUUACUGAAGCAUGAAAAGGCGACUAGGCACAUUAUAGUUCUAAAAGCUUUGGGUGGAUUUAAUUGAGAUACCUAAUAUAAAUUGACAGUUUUUGAUUUAA